GUGCCUCAGGGUUUGAGUUUGAGAGGCAGGGGCAGCUCAAGGGGCGAGAGUCCGUGGCUGGGCCUCUGCCGGCGAGUGUCCGUGACCGUGCUGCAGCCGGGAGGGGGCAAGUUGGGGGCGGGGCUCUGGUGGCCGAAGCCAGUGGUGGAGCCGCGCUGUCCGAGCGCCGCUGCUUUUGGAGUCUGCGGAGGUGUACAGAUUAGCUCUGCAAAAAUAUUUAAGAAACUGGUAACUGAUUGUUCUAAAGGAGCAAAUGGCAGACUAGGAGUGGGGUUUGGAAGCAUAUGCUUUACUGUAUUGACAUCCUGAGAGAAGAUGGGAAAGGGCUGCAAGGUUGUGGUUUGUGGCUUGUUAUCUGUGGGGAAAACAGCAAUUUUGGAGCAGCUCCUUUAUGGGAAUCAUACUAUUGUGAGAACUCUGAAGACUGCCCAGGUGGAUGGGAUCAAGGGAAGAAAGCAAGGAGGAGGAACAGGAAUGGAAGAUUGUGAAACGAUGGAAGAUGUAUAUAUGGCUUCAGUGGAAACGGAUCGGGGAGUAAAGGAACAGUUACAUCUUUAUGAUACCAGAGGCUUACAGGAAGGUGUGGAGCUCCCAAAGCAUUAUUUUUCAUUUGCUGAUGGCUUUGUUCUUGUGUACAGUGUGAAUAACCUUGAAUCUUUUCAAAGAGUGGAGCUUCUGAAGAAAGAAAUUGAUAAGUUUAAAGACAAAAAAGAGGUAGCGAUUGUUGUGUUAGGAAACAAAAUCGACCUUUCUGAGCAGAGACAAGUAGAUGCUGAGGUGGCACAGCAAUGGGCAAGAAGUGAGAAAGUGCGACUGUGGGAGGUAACGGUUACGGAUCGGAAAACUCUGAUUGAACCAUUCACUCUGUUAGCCAGCAAACUUUCCCAGCCCCAGAGCAAAUCAAGCUUUCCUUUGCCUGGGAGGAAAAACAAAGGGAACUCUAGCUCUGAGAACUAAAAAUCAAUAAUGCUACAAUUGUUGGAUAGUGAUUGCCUUUAAGUGUUUGUGAACAUAUUUAAAAUAGGCCAUUUGCAUCUACCUUUGGCUCUUAGGCAACCUUUAAGGAAUUAAUUUAAUGCACUUUAGGUUACAAUUAAAUCAUUUGGGCUAAGUUUAUUGUCUGAUAGGAAAUAUUUGCAUUGUCAUUGCUUGAAACUUGUCCCUGAAAUUAGCACCUUUGUAUUUAUAUUUUUGUUGCACUUGUCAAAACAGUAGAAAAAUAAAGUUUGGGUAGUAUGCAGAUAGGAGUAGCUCCGCUACCCCUAACUUGUUUCAGAAGCCAUUUUUCUGUGUAACUUUAUGCACACUUCUUAGCUCAAACAGAACUUUGUUUUUAAGGUCAUUAAUCUUCUAAUGUCUAGAAACAUAAAAUGACAUUUUUAGAUCAAACAGUAAACUUGGGUGUUAAACUAAA